AUGAUUUUAAUGAACGAGAGGUUCAAUUCAUCUCUGGUGAAGCAGGUGUCUGACAUUCGAAGACUGCACUUCCAACACAGUACCAACAUGUUCUGGGCGGUCGUCAACUUAUUUGUCGCCUUCAUUUUACAUCUGGAAAUGUCUUAUGGGACAUUUAUAAUGGCACUGGAUCUGAUGUUCCCUAGUUUUAAAAUGUGGUACAUUGGUGUGCUAGUUGAAGUUUUGUUCAUCCUGAAUGCAUGUUGUAACCUGAUAAAGUACAUGAAGGUGAAAACACUUAAGCCACUUGUUGUUACUGAUGUCUUGAAGAAGGCCUGCAAUAUUUCUGAUGACGAGCCAGGUUUUGUGUCGAUGGAGAGUGAACCAUCCAACAAUAUUCCAGUGUUGAAUGGUCAUGUGAUGGAGAAACUGCCAGAAUACUCGCCAAGUCAUUACAGUAGCUACCUGAGUAUGAGCACACCUCGCACGUCACAUUCGACCUCCAAUGAUCUGUACAACUGUCAUGCUUUAAACAACAGCCUAGACUCCAGAAGUCAUGAUGACGUCAUAGAAGAUGUGCAUUCCUUAAAGAGUUUCCUCAAGGAACAAAAUGAAAAUGAACUGAGAUGCAGAAGGGUUGAAAUGGCUUUGGGGAAUAGUGGUGGAACCUUCCUGCACAGUCCACGCAGUUACAACUAUGCCCAAAUCCAACAGCAACAUUCACCAAUCAGUCAACUCAUGCCACCAUUAUCACCACCACUGGAUCAUUAUCAUCACCAACACCUGAAUGGUACUUCAAUUUACCCUCCGAACAUCUACCAGUUGGCACGACCUGCUCAGCAGACGAACACUUCCCAUUCAACCGGCGGUACAUUCUUGAAUUCCGAUUCAAAUGCAGAUGAUGCCUGGUCCAGUUUGGAUGUCUCUAACAAACUCGAUCUGUGGACUGAGAGACUAAGAAAGUAUCUCAGUGGUACAAUUCUGAAGAAGUUGGUUGAUGAGAUGGCAUCUGUUAACUCAUUAUUGGCUGGUGCUGGGAUGGAAGAUGUACAAGUUGGAGGUGUGUCAAUUACAGCUUUAAAGCAGUUGACCACAACUAAGACACACCUCCUGCCUCAUCUCUCAAACAUUCUUCCCUUCCUGGAGAUAUCAUCUAACCAGGAGUACGUUGUUCAGAGGGUCAAAGAGCUGAACUCUGGUGGCGGUUUGAGUUGUUUCAAAUGGAAUGGAGGUGGAGAGAUGAGAGGAGGCAGGAGAUGGGAGGAGAUCCUUCCCACUGAUUCCGCUUUGCUGAUGCACUGUUUGUGUUGCUACCUGGACAUGAGACUGCCCUCUCACCCCACCUUUUCAGACGGAAAGCCAUUCACCAAUCAACAUCUCAUCAGAGCUUCCAACAAAACCGGUGUAUCUGAAAUGAAGGAUGGCAUAUAUUUCUUGGAGGGAGAUGUGCACCCCCCUCAUUAUGACGUCAUAUACAAUGGCUCCCUCUACAAAAUUAAAAGGGGUCGAUUGAACUUGUUCCAUGCCAUCCUGUUGUUCUUCUAUUUCAUAAAAACGAAGGAACAUGGCACAAUUGGGAGAAUGAGUCUCGGCAUGUCAGGCAUUAACAUUUUGUGGAUAUUCGACAACUGAAACUCACGAAAUUAUUACCGUUUGAGUACCUUUUGUUCCAUCUACCCUCUCUUUCUUCCUCUCACUCUCUUUCUAUUUUCUCUUUCUCUCUCUUUCUUUCUAUCUCUUCCUAUCUUUAUUCUUUUUUUUGUUUUUUUCUCUCUUCUAUACUCUUUUCACACUUCCCUCUUCUUAUUCCUCUUUCACUUUCAAUCUUUUGUUUACGUAUGUAUGUAUAUGUAUGUAUUUAUGUAAAUAUAUAUAUAUAUAUAUAUAUAUAUAUAUAUAUAUAUAUACAUACAUACUUUUGUGUGUGUACAUUUAUAUGAAUGUAAACAAUAUUUUAUCGGCAUUGGACUUGCGGCCAUUACAGUCAUCGGCUGUUAUGCGUAUAUUGAAAUAACUUCAGUGAUUGAAGAGGUAAAGUUUUGGAAUAAAACACGUAUUAUUCACAUAA